AUAGCAUAGGAAUGUUUUGAGUCCAUCAUUGCACAUUUUUAAUGAUUGAUGUCUUUUGAAAUAUUAUUUGUGAGGCCUUAGAAAACGACACCCACGAGGUUUGACAGUUUUUGAAAACGAAAGCUGAAUAAACUGGCUUUUUGAAAGCAAGAAAAAAUGUUUUCAAUUCAAAAUAUACUCACAUUGUUGGGAACCAUGAAAUAAGGCAAGGAAAAUUGGCACUGCUGAAAGUCUUGGUUGCGUCCACCUGGGUAAAAGGUUGUGACGAUGGCGACUGUAGCUAUAGUCCGUUUUGAGAAACGUUUUUGUUUUUAUGAAUUACUGGGUUUACCGAGGGUGAAAUAUGUCUAAAACAACAUGUGAGUAGUAAGAGUGAUAGUGUUGGAACUAGUAUUGAUAGUGUUUCGAAAGGCAUCUAUUGCAAAUCGUCUUUGGUUUCUAAUAUAGUUGGAACGGAGGGUAGCAGUAGUAGGAAGGUAUGAAUGGGAAACAAGGAGACUUGUGUGAAACGUUACUUGCCUUGUCAAGAGUGCUGCCGAUCUGUUUUUUCCCAACACACUGAAAGUCAUGCUGUUGAAAGUAGUGGUAGUUGUAGCUGUCAAAAAGGUGAAAAUGAGACACGACAUUUUGUGCAAACAGGUUGCGUUUGGAUAGUAUACAAAGUAGCUCUGAAAGAAGCUCAUGAAGGAUUGGGAGAACUUCAACAAUGUUACACGAGUGCAUACAUUGAUGUCAUCGUGUCCGACUGGAGUUUUUGGUUCGACUCUGAAAAUAAAGUCCAACUUUUGGUAGAUAAUGCCUAUAAAGCAUACGCAGGCGAACAAUUUGGUUUGCACAGUGACAUGAACCCAAAACAUUUUUCGACUAUCACAGCAAAAUCAAACCAUUCGCCACUACUUGAAAUUCAACCAGAACAGCAACAACAACAAAUAAAGGCCCGAUCCUAGUACAGUAUGGCAGAGUCAUCAAUUCUACAAAGAGAAUGACUUGUGUUUCUAUCUUUUACUGUUUUCUUCGUUGUUGGCUUGACUGGAGAAUUGCAACUGUUUUAUUUACUUGGAAUUGUAAACAGACAACAACAACAACAAUAAUAAGACAAAGUUAUAGUUUAUUGGUUAGUAGUACAUGGAAUAUUAAUAAUAGUUUUCGUCAUAAAAGUACGAAUUUGACC